UGUUUACGGGCGGGAAGAGCGAACCUGAACGUUCAGUGUCUGUUCUUUAUUUCUGGUUUCUGCUGUCCAGCUUCAGUGAUCCUGUCUCUUUAAAUCCUGGAGCUCUGCUACAGUACACAUAUAGUUAACGUUUUGCCUUGGACAUUUAGAUAUUUCUGCUCAACCCCUGCAGCUAAAGUUUAAAGUGAUUGGGGUGCAAGACAGAUGGAGGACCCGGCGGACUCUGGUGGCGGCGGCACCGCAGCUUCUGCGGGCCCCUCCAUGCUAGUGACAGAGAUCCACUGUUCGGCGGGGGCUCGUCCCUUGCGGCUGCUGGAAUGGAAGGUAAAGCCUGGCUCGCAUGUGAACAUCGACUCGGUUCUAGCGGUGUGUAUUCCCAUCUCGUUGGAGAGACAGGCCGGAGAAGAGCCCCAGGACCCGCCAAGUGGGCAGGCUAAGAAGAAGGUGAAGUCGGACCGGGCCGGAGUUGUGAGAGAGCUAUGCUGUCAGCCUGGACAGGUCAUCUCUCCGGGGGGUAUAUUAGUUCGAAUUGAAGAAUGCACCCAUCCGGUUGUCAUGAAAGGCCUCUGUGCAGAAUGUGGCCAGGAUCUCACACAAUUGCAAACCCCCAUAUCCACUGCCAACGUGUCCAUGGUCCACAGUAUCCCGGAGCUUAUGGUCAGCUCUGAGCAAGCUGAGCAGUUGGGGCGAGAAGACCAACACCGGCUAUACAGAAACAGGAAACUUGUGCUGAUGGUAGAUUUGGACCAGACUUUGAUCCAUACUACUGAGCAACACUGCAAGCAAAUGUCCAACAAGGGAAUCUUCCACUUUCAGCUUGGCCGGGGAGAGCCGAUGCUCCACACCAGGCUACGUCCCCACUGCAAAGAUUUCCUUGAGAAGAUCGCCAAACUGUACGAGUUGCACGUUUUUACCUUUGGUAGCAGGUUGUAUGCACACACCAUAGCAGGAUUUUUAGACCCAGAAAAGAAGCUGUUUUCACAUCGAAUUCUGUCGAGAGAUGAAUGCAUUGAUCCUUUCUCUAAAACAGGAAACCUCAGAAAUCUCUUUCCAUGUGGCGACUCAAUGGUUUGUAUCAUUGAUGACCGAGAAGAUGUGUGGAAGUUUGCACCAAACCUCAUAACAGUAAAGAAAUAUGUCUAUUUUCAAGGGACGGGGGAUAUCAAUGCACCACCUGGGUCUAAGGAAGCUCAGAUGAGGAAGAAAGCAAACAAUGUGAAUAAGCCUAAUGAGGUAUCGGAGCCAGCAUCAUCUGCCCAGGAGUCGUUGGAGGAAGUAAAGGUCUCUGCUGUGGAGGAACAGAGCAACGGCCUCAGGAAACGUGGCAAAGAGCGAAACGGCACAAAAAACACGUCUGCGGAUGACUCUUCCUCAAAAAGUACUGCUGCAAAUUCUCAGGACAGAGCUAAUGAAAGGAUACACUCAGGAGGGGAGUACAGUAGCGCAGCAGACGCUUCUGGGGUAUACAACUCCAGCUCCACUGAGCAGGACAGUGGCAGGACAGUUACAGAUAAGCGUUCGGUCAAAAGCAGUGGCGACAGUGUUGCAAACGACUUUGACUUUGACCUGUCCAGUGACAGCGAAAGUGAACAUGAUUCAGGGGCAGAGAAAGCCUCCUCCAACAGCGAUAGCGAAGGGAAAAAUAAAAGAGCAAAGAAAUCAGAGUCUAUGCAGCCAGAUCAGAACAAGAGCAAAAUCAACACAGUCGGGGAGAACCAUUCCGGGGAGAAGCAGGUUGAUCCUGAGGACCAGGUUUGCGACAUUAAGCUAGACAAUGAGCAGGGUAGCCUGGGGGGCUUGGGCAACGGUUGUAGAGAAAAAAAAGAGGCAGAGACAGAGUCCCAGAACAGUGAGCAAUCCGGGUUGACUAUUGGGGAGUCUCUGGACCAAAGCAUGGAGGAGGAGGAAGAGGAAGAAGAUCUGGAUAAAGAUGACCAUUUGAUAUACCUGGAAGAAGUCCUGACCCGCAUACACAUGGAGUACUAUGCCAGGUAUGACAAGUACCUAAAGAAAGAGUUACCCGAGGCACCUGACAUCCGCAAGAUCGUCCCUGAGCUGAAGAGCAAGGGCCUGGCAGGGACAAUAAUUGUUUUCAGUGGACUGUACCCCACCAGCUACCCCAUGGAGAGAACACGGGAGUGCUAUCACGCAGUUGCCCUUGGAGCGAAGAUUAGCAAACACCUAGUGCUUAAUGCUAAAGAUCCCAACAGGACAACGCACUUGAUCGCUGCUCGACCUGGUACAGAGAAAGUAAGACAAGCCCAGGGCUAUAAACACCUGCACAUUGUCAACCCAGACUGGUUGUGGGGGUGUCUGGAGCGGUGGGAGAGAGUGGAAGAACAGCUUUUCCCUUUGAAGGAGGACUACAUCAAAACACAAAGAACCAACAGCCCUGCCACAUUUCCUGACAUCGAAAGUGCAUUUCAGACGCCAUUGUUCCACCCAACUCCCAUCCAUCCAAAGGUAGAGGCUGGCCCGGAGGUUCGAAUCUACGACCCUGUAACUGGGAAACUGAUCAGGAAGGGCCCCCAGAGCUCCAGGCAGUCUCCGUACAUCCAGUCGCCAGCUCCCCCAAUCACACUGCCGGUGCACGGAGAGCAGUCUUCCUUCAGGGUGGUGCAGCCUCACCAGCACUUGGGUGAGGAGGAGCUUCAGUGUUCGAGGCUCGAUGAUGAGCAGCCAGGCCCCUCGCGGAGGGAGCGACAGCCGAGCAUGUCAGAGUCAAUGCCCCUGUACACCCUGUGCAAGGAAGACCUGGAGAGCAUGGACAAGGAGGUGGAUGACAUCUUGGGGGAAGAGAGUGAUAAUGAAAGUGAAGAAAAGACAGAAGAGGAGGAAGCAGGAAAGAAUCUGCCAGAGGGACAAAAUCCUGGAACCGUCGGAACAACAGUAGAGGAAAAGCCUACAACAUCAUCGAGCAAGGAAGGGAACUUGACAGACAGCACCCCCAGGGGCCAUAAACGCAAAUUAGAGGAGGCUGGGGACAGAGAUGGGAAUUCCAGUGGUGAAUCGAGUAAGGAGUCGAGUAAUGAAGACGAAGAGGGUAGCAGCUCUGAGGCAGAUGAAAUGGCUGCCGCACUUGAAGCCGAACUCAACGACUUCAUAUAAUGCCAGCAAAAAUAAAUAGAUCUCGGAUCACAAAAUCCAAAAGCAGCACUCUGCAUGAAUAGGAGGUUGGCAGCGUGUGUGAGCGAGCGAGUGUGUUUGUGUAUAGUUCCACUGCUUGAGAAGAGAACGUUUUUUUUUUUUUUUUUUU